UCUCAUUACACAACCGGCAGCCUCAACCCGAGUCCAGUCUCUCCAGCAACGCCGUCUCCGCGGAGUCCACCGGUGCCUUCUUCUCUGGACAACAUGUCCACCGCGGACUCGGGAAGCAAGUCUCCGUCCAAGGAGGACGCGGCGGAGCGGACGGCGCCAUCCCCCGCGGAGCAGCGGCAUCACCCCUUCAGCGUGGAGGCGCUCAUGUCCGGGAGUCGCCGGGGAGAGUCCGCCGCGGCUCGGAUGGAGUCCGCCAGAGGAAUGAACUCGUUAUAUUUGUACCGAGACGGCUUCGGUCCCGCGGACAGCAAGAACCUCAUGUCUCCUUCCCCGAUCAAAUCAGAGUCUUCAGAGAGCGAGGAGGGCUCACUCUGGGUCAACAACACUUCUCAGCCCCUUGUCAGUCCUUCCUGUCAGCUGAGGAAACACAAGACCAACCGAAAACCGCGGACCCCCUUCACCACGUCCCAACUCCUGGCGCUGGAGAGAAAGUUCCGGCAGAAGCAGUACCUGUCCAUCGCCGAACGGGCCGAGUUCUCCUCCUCCCUGACUCUGACCGAGACCCAGGUCAAGAUCUGGUUCCAGAAUCGACGCGCCAAAGCCAAGAGGCUCCAAGAGGCCGAGCUGGAGAAGAUGAAACUGGCCACUGACAACAAGAGCGGCUCUUUGGCGACCGCCGCGGCCCUCCACCCUGGUUUUACGUUUGCACUGGGACCCAUGUCGCUGUACGGACAGUCUUACUCUGCCUACCACCAGCACCACAGACCCCUUCUGCCCCUCUCCUCUUUAGGACUGUACGCCGCUCCGCUGGGAUACGGCAUGUACCACCUGUCCUAAGUGUGGGAUUAUUUCUGGAGGAUUUUCCCCCAAAUGACAUGGAGAGGAUCUUUCCUUCCCCCGGGAGGGCGGCAGCCUCCCGAGCUCUGUGUUUACACGACUGUCUAUACGAGGUGGCGUCAGUGUCCGGCUGUUUAUGCGGCCCUGUUUACUUCUGCCACAAUCUCACAGGGAGGAGACGCCAGCCAGCCUCACGAGUGCCUUAUUCAACGUCGCCUUAAUUAAAAGACGUUCGUGUGUACACUUGGCGGCUCAGACCAAACAAAUGAAACUAAUUUAAAGUGCCUUUCAAAGUCCAAACUGUCCCGCUGUACAGAAGAAUUGUCACAAAAAAUAUAUUUAUUCUCUUUAUGGGAAACCAUUUUUUGGACGGCGACUGUUGUGUAUUUAUGACCAUUUUAACAUUCCUUUGAAAGGGUGCAACAAUCAGUUUGUACAUAUAUUUUCUGCAAUUUUCUAUGCAAAAGUUGUAUAUUUACAUUUUUCUCUACGAAAAUUGAAUAAAUAAGUUAACAUAUUUGAUCAUGUUGCCUCUGAAGCAGUUUAGAUUUGAUGCCUAUUGUCUUUGUCUUUGGGUGAAUUAUGUUUUGACUUCAAAUUGUUCCACUGCAAAC